AGAGAGAGACAGAGAGAGAGAGCGAGAGAGAGAGAGAGAGAGAGAGAGAGAGAACACGAACGACUGGCGCGAGAUCAGGGGCACGGUCAUCAUAUUUCUAUGGAAACGCUGCACUGACUGACAGAGGUGAGAGGAGGAAAAGGUGGCUGCGCUUUCGGAUGCGUUACGCACGCAACGGAUUCCCGGCUCUCUUCCCCUCAGUGUCAAGAGCGCGGAAACAAACAGGCACAAUCUCUUCAAAGUAGCUCAGAAUUGUUCUUUUGAAUCUGAUUUAUAAAAGAAGGAACCUCCAAAAAGUCAAGAUGCCCCUGGCACAACUAGUUGACCCUUGGCGAAAGAUGGCAAUCGGGAGUGCGGCGAGCGAGACGGAGCCUCAUCACGUCUUGGAGGACUCGACAGGAGAAGAUGAAAAUCUACCAUGUCAAGAAGAAGUGUCUGUUAAAGAGAUCAACAUCACACAUCAUGUUAAAGAGGGCUCAGAGAAGGCCGACCUGCAGCAGUUUGAGCUCAGGAAGGUGCUUGGACAGGGCUCCUUCGGAAAGGUGUUUUUAGUGAAGAAGACAACAGGCCCGGAUGCAGGACAGCUGUAUGCAAUGAAAGUGCUGAAAAAAGCCACUCUGAAAGUACGGGAUCGGGUCAGGACUAAGAUGGAGCGGGACAUCCUGGUGGAGGUUAAUCAUCCCUUUAUUGUUAAGCUACACUAUGCAUUCCAGACUGAAGGAAAGCUUUAUCUGAUUCUGGACUUUUUAAGAGGAGGUGAUCUCUUUACUCGACUGUCAAAAGAGGUGAUGUUCACAGAGGAGGAUGUGAAGUUUUAUCUGGCUGAACUGGCUUUAGCUCUGGACCAUCUGCAUGGACUAGGCAUCAUCUACAGAGAUCUGAAACCAGAGAACAUUCUCCUGGAUGAGGACGGCCACAUAAAGCUGACAGAUUUUGGACUCAGUAAGGAGUCGAUCGAUCACGAAAAUAAAGCAUACUCUUUCUGCGGGACGGUAGAGUAUAUGGCUCCAGAGGUGGUGAACAGAAGAGGACACACUUAUAGCGCUGACUGGUGGUCUUACGGUGUACUCAUGUUUGAAAUGCUGACUGGAACGCUGCCUUUCCAAGGCAAGGACCGCAAGGAAACCAUGACUAUGAUUCUAAAGGCGAAGCUUGGAAUGCCUCAGUUUCUGAGUUCAGAAGCUCAGAGUCUCCUCAGGAGCCUUUUCAAACGAAACCCUUCCAAUAGAUUCGGUGCUGGUCCAGAUGGAGUUGAAGAGAUAAAGAGACACCCGUUUUAUGCUACCAUUGACUGGAAUAAAUUAUUUAGAAGAGAGAUUCACCCGCCCUUCAAACCAGCCUCUGGCAGACCAGACGACACAUUCUACUUUGACCCAGAAUUUACAGCAAAAACUCCCAAAGACUCUCCAGGUGUACCCCCUAGUGCCAAUGCCAAUCAACUCUUCAGAGGUUUUAGUUUUGUGGCCAUCAGCUCAGAAGAAGAGUCUCAACCCCUGCAGGGCAACAGUGUGAGCUCUAUAGUUCAGCAGUUCCACAGAAACGUGUCUCAGUUCAAUGACGCAUAUGAGGUGAAGGAGGAUAUCGGAGUUGGCUCAUAUUCCAUCUGCAGACGCUGCAUACAGAAAAGCACAGGCAUGGAGUAUGCAGUGAAGAUAAUCAAUAAAGCUAAACGGGAUCCAACGGACGAGGUGGAAAUUCUGUUACGCUAUGGACAGCAUCCAAAUAUAAUCACCUUGAAAGACGUGUUCGACGAUGGCCGCUCAGUGUAUCUGGUGACAGAACUGCUGAAGGGAGGGGAACUGCUGGAUAAGAUCCUCAGACAGAAGUUCUUCUCAGAGCGGGAGGCCAGCGCUGUGCUGUACACCAUCACAAAGACUGUAGAGUACCUGCACGCUCAAGGGGUGGUUCACAGGGAUCUGAAGCCCAGUAACAUCCUUUACGUUGAUGAAUCAGGGAAUCCCGAGUCCAUCCGGAUCUGUGACUUUGGCUUUGCCAAGCAGCUGAGAGCGGAAAACGGACUGCUGAUGACGCCCUGUUACACUGCCAACUUUGUGGCCCCAGAGGUGCUGAAGAAACAGGGUUAUGAUGCUGCCUGUGAUAUCUGGAGUUUAGGCGUCCUUCUGUACACAAUGUUAACUGGAUUUACUCCAUUUGCUAAUGGCCCCGAGGACACGCCGGAGGAGAUUCUAGCUCGAAUCGGCAGUGGGAAGUUUUCUCUCACAGGUGGAUACUGGAACUCCGUUUCACUUGAGGCAAAGGACUUGGUGUCUAAGAUGUAA